AUGCCUGCCAUCCGCUGGGGCACUGCGACCCUGCUGUUCGCCUUGGCACCGACAUGGACCGGGACCUUUGGGACGAGACCGAGGCAUCUCGUGCAGCGAAGCAGCGGCCCGAGAGUGACCGAAGCGGCAGCGCAGAGCGAGGAGGUCAGCGCGACCGCAACCUUGUCUCGAAAUGAUCUUAGAAAGCUGUUGAUUCGCGGCCUCACCUUGGCCUUUACUGCGGGACUUUUUAUCCCACAGGUGCGAAAACAGGAUGCCUACCUCUGGUACAUCGCCCAGGUUGACCGCUUUAACCCGGACAACCAGGUGAGUGUUGCCGAGGCAGAACUGCUGAAACGUGCUGGAGCAAUGGCCUCGAAGGUAGGUGGCUCUGUGGUGGAUUUGGGCAGUGGAAGUGGCAACGAUUUCCUGACGCUGAAGGCAGCGGAAGCGCCAGAUCUGCCGGUGCUGGCGGUGGAGCCAAAUCGUUUUACCUGGGAAAAGGCCGCCUCUGAGGCGCACGACCUGGACCUUUCCGUGUCCUUCGCGGCAGACCUGGAAGAGGUGCCCAGCAGCAGCUGUGCCUUACUUCUGACGCGCCGUGUUUUGUGCUCCGUGGACGAUGAACAUGCUGCGCUGAUGGAGAUCUACCGCGUCUUGAAACCAGGUCGGGCGUAG